AUGACGAUAAUCUCGAAGAAAACCGUGAGCCACCCCCCCGAGGUCAAACCACUCAUCGACAUAUUUCCGGGUGUCUCCGCCGCCCUUCUUCUUCGCGUCUUCGAGAGAAAGUUGAAGGCGACUGAACUCAUACGCUUCAAAGAGAAGUCAGUCACCGAGCUAGAUCAGGAGGACAGAGUCUUCAAGAUGACCGAGUCAGGGGGUACAGUAGGCUUUAAGAAGGCCGCAGCAUCGCUUAAGGACUGGGGCUCCAACCCUCAAAUAUGGACGACUUGCUUUCUUGCCUAUUUGGCCGUUGUAGGAUAUCUCUUCGGCGAGAAACAUCCUAAGGCAGUUCCCAACCUACUCAUGUUUAUGAGGCAGAUCCUGGACUUCGCUCAGACUUAUCAGUGGUCGGAGGCAGUUCUCCCACUUGCCCUUAAUUUUCACCAAUAUAUCCUGGAUAAAGGAGAGCUAUCGACGGACAACUACCUGGUCACAGGCCCAUUUCGCGAAAAAUACCUCCGCCACGAUCUCACCCUACCUGCGAAGUCACCAACAAACCCUCCAACCCGGCCUCGUCAGACUAGGAAUACCAGAUCUUCGAAUAAUGAGUCAGAGAUUUGCGACAAGUUCAAUACGACAGGUUGCUCCUGGGAAGGCUGCAAGAGACGUCACGACUGCACGGCAUGCGGCCUGAGCGAGCAUGGCGCCUCCUCCUGCCGCAAGAAGAAAUAG